AUGUCACAGCUUCCGCAGCAGCGCGAUGGUCCCUCUGACAGCCAGGCCCAAGGUCACUCGCAGUACUCGCCAAACAAUCAGCCGUCAGCUUCAGAGACCGGAAAGAGGUUUCAGCGCAAGGCUAUUCCUAGUCCCCUACAAACGAGUACGACUGCUACAUCGCCGCCAGCCAGUGUUACGCCAACUAGAACUACCUUUGUCAGGUCUGGUGUCGAUCGUACUUUGUCCUCCCCGGGCACUCCACCAUACAACCUUCACGAAGGACCUCGAUCGCCAAAGGAGCGUCUGGACGACCUACUGGCCUCUGAGCAGAGUUUCUACCGGUCUGAGACUGAAGGAUCAUCCACAGAGCGAGAGUCCGUGGCAGACGAGAAGCCUUCACGCUACGGCCGUCCUGUCAACGACACGAAUGGUGCCUCACGAAGUGUGUCUGACCCAAUCCUAAUCUCCAAGUCCUCGGGAGCCUCGUCGAAUUCGAAUUCGAAUUCGAACACGCGUCUACCUAUGGCUACCACCGCUCCACAGCACCGUGUCGACAUGGCGCGGGCACCUCCACGAACCUCCUCCAUAGGCUCUGCCGUAUCGUCAUUAUCAGGCGGCACACACUCACACAAAUCCUCACAGGAUCUGAAAUCUGGCGGCGCUCCCGACAUUGCCAAUCUUAUACAGGCAGCAGGAUCCCCGGAAACGGUAAUACAGCAUCUUCUCAAAGAAAAGCAAUCUCAGGCGGCACAAAAUUCACAGCUAUGGCGUUUGGUAGACAAGCAACGGGCUAUGAUUUUGGGGUUGAACAAGGAUCUAGAACGAGCGCUGAAGGACAAGGAACGGUACCGCAAGAAGUUGAAGGAAAGCCUCGCCCAGAUCGCAAAUCCUUCGCCGGUCGAUUCGACUAAGGGUAUGGGUGCCUCUGACGCGGGAUCCUCUGCAUCAGAAGGAACGACGUUACAGGGAUCCAAAUCCGAAAAUGUUGGAGCGCUGGUAUCUGCCGGGCUACGAGAUCCAGUACAGGAGGAAGAAAACCAUCCACCCUCGCCGAUUGACAUUGCCUUGGCCCCAUAUCCCAUCACCCCUCCCGCGAACCUACUCCAGCCCGAGACGCAGACCCCUGCAUUAACUGCCCUAGUUGAAGCCGAACAUAGAAUGCCAUCGCCAACCCAACAUGCUUUCCAACAAUAUAAUCCUGAUACCCCAGUCGGUGGAUUUGAAGCCGGCCAGCAGCAGAGAAAAGACAAGGCAACUGAUAUUAUACGAGAAGUCCCGUACAAUGUUUCUCUUCCUCCAUCCAGGAGCUUACCUUCGGAUCCCCCAAAGGGGCCUCCGCCAAAUAUCCCCCGUCCAAAGGUACCUAUGUCCAGCCAAACUCCUACCCUAGCGGUCAUUGGACCAUCUCCGAAUCCCGAUGGUGGACUAUCAGCCUUUCCUCCGCCUCCACGAAAAGCCCCACCCGCACCUUUGAAUCUAGGCAAGGACGCCAAUCCAAGCUCCCACCUCCGCCAGGCAUCCGGUACUGUAGAAGAUACUGAUUCCGACUAUGAUGAUAUACUGCAAGUUGACGAGAUACCCGUAUUUCCCGAACGAGGACGGCGGAAAACCAGAGAGGAGGAUGAUAGGCGGCGUGAAAUUGCCGCGAUGAAGGAAGUCGAAUUACGGAGUCUGUCUAAAAGAAGCGGUAAGGGAAGUGCGAAGGGUACACCGAAAUCGAAGCCUACAACUCCGAAAGAAGGUGAAAUUUCAUCCGCUCCGGAUCCAAUGCCGCUAAGCCCUCGACCAACCGUCCCAAUAUCUCCCCCCGAAUAUUCGCUACUUUCUCCUCAUGGAUCUAAUGCUGGGUCUUUGGCUGGUAUAUUGAACGACACUUCGGGUACGGGGGUGUUAUCACCUCCUUUAAUGAGCCCUGGUCUUCCGUCGAGCCCGCGGCCAACAGACCGAGGAAUGAGUCCCCAUUUGCGACAAUCAUCUGGCCACUCUUCCUUCAACUCUCCACCCAUGUCUCCCCGUGGCAUGGCUGGAUUUCCAGGGGCGGUUCCUCUAUCGCCAAGGGCUCCCCGACAACCUAUUCCUUUACCGCCAAAUACACCAAUGUCAAUAGCGUCACCAGGCUUACCUAAGGGCAAACCUUUACAGCUAGUUUCACCAAAACCUCUAAUUAUUUCCAAGAAACCUGGAGAUGCCUCGAGUGACAGCGCCAAAGAAGAAAACUCACCAAUUCAUCAGAGCCCUUCAGACUCAAUCUAUCGGGGAUUGGUUACAGAAGAAUAUCCUGGUUUAUUACUUCCACCAAAUGCGCUUCCGUCUAUAGAUGUGAAGGUUGCCUCUUCUCGUCUAAAGCCCUCAAGAGCAAGCAUGAUGUUCCCGAAGAACAUUGAAGAGGAUCCGGUUUUCACACUAGCAAUUUUCAGCAGAUCAGACCGUCAAGAGCUUUGGAGAGUAGAAAAGGAUUCCUCUUCGCUUUUCCGUUUGGAUCAAGUGCUUAAACAAUACCCAACAUUCACAGCCACGCCACCCGAAAAGUCAUUAUUCAGUGGGCAUGCUCCUGCUAAAAUUGAUGCAAGGCGCGCGGCGCUCGACAAGUAUCUGGAUGAAAUAUUGGACACCCAUAUGGAUACCGCAUCCGCUCUUGAAAUUUGCAGAUAUUUAUCAACAAACGCACUAUCAUCCCAUAUGGAAGAUGCCUCACCUGAGCCAGGAAACGAAAGUCCUGUUAAAACCGGUCCAGGUGGCAGACCCUUGAAAAACGGAUAUUUGACCAAGAGAGGCAAGAAUUUUGGCGGGUGGAAGGCUCGAUUCUUUGUCUUGGACGGCCCUGUUUUCAAAUACUAUGAAUCUCCGGGUGGGCCUCACCUUGGCACGAUCAAGCUCCAGAAUGCUCAGAUCGGAAAGCAACAGCAGCAAACCGAUCAAUCUCCAUCACGAGGAGAUGAUGACCCAGAAAAUCAGUAUCGACAUGCCUUCCUCAUCCUAGAACCGAAACGUAAGGACUCUUCUAGCCUCGUGAGACAUGUUCUAUGCGCCGAGAGCGAUAUUGAACGUGAUCAAUGGGUUGAAGCUUUGCUCCGAUACGUGGAUUUCAAAGACUCGGAGGAUGAAGAGCCUCCACAUCGUGCGCAUGGCCGCUCUAAUUCUGGGGGAUCAGGAUCAGGUCACGUAAAUGGAUUGAAGGCGAAGAAAAAGAUGUAUGGCUCUGAAAGAAGUCAAACUCUUCCCGAACUUACAGAAGAGAAUCUCCGUGGGAUAAGCUACGAAAAUACGAAGCAGGGUAGCAUACCACAUGGUGUAAGGAAUAAGAAUUCCGAGACACCGUCGCCACCGACUCAUGGCCGCAACCGAGAACCAUCGUCUCAGUCAUACCCUCAGUCUCAGCCGCAUCCUCAGCUGCCAAAGAGUAUAUCUGCUCCGAAGAAUGCGCAUGUCAUUCAGGAUGUUGGAUCAUGGGGAAACAAGCAGAAUUUAUUAGCCCCAGCCAACUCGGACGAGAGGAUUAAACAAAAGAAGCGCAGCUUUUUCGGAUUUGGAUCCAAACCUCGAGUGUCAAGCGAAUCCCAAGAUGUAGGCGGAAAUGAUUCGCAGACGAACUUGUCACAGAUGGCCUUUGAGCAGCAUGGACCUAUCAGGGCUGUUUUCGGAGCACCGCUUGGGGAAGCUGUUAGAUACAAUCACCCAGUCGAUGUCAAUGUUGAAUUACCAGCUGUGGUCUAUCGAUGUAUUGAAUACCUCGAUGCUAACAAUGCAGCGGGCGAGGAGGGCAUUUUCAGAUUGAGCGGAUCAAACGUCGUUAUCAAGCAGCUUCGCGAGCGCUUCAACACUGAGGGAGAUGUAAAUCUCGUCACGGACGACCAGUACUACGAUAUCCAUGCUGUUGCUUCACUCCUCAAAUUAUACCUCCGAGAGUUGCCAACCACAAUCCUAACAAGGGAACUCCAUUUGGAAUUCUUGGCUGUCACUGAGCUAUAUGACGUUAAUGAGAAGAUCAGCGCUUUAAAUGGUCUAGUCUACCGACUUCCCCGAGCGAAUAAUAUGCUCCUGCGGUAUCUCUCUGGUUUCCUCAUUAACAUCAUCAACCACUCCGAUACGAACAAGAUGACUGUCCGUAAUGUCGGUAUUGUUUUCUCUCCCACGCUCAACAUAGCUGCGCCGGUCUUUGCCCUAUUCCUUCAACAAUACGAAGGGAUCUUUGGCGAAGAUCCUAAUGAGCACGGGGGUUCUCCCGUUGAGGUUACCGUGACAGCUCCUCCUUUAACCCCUGAGGAUAUCCGAUCUCCACGCCGACAAAAGUUUCAGGAGCUACCAACCCCCUCCUACAGCCAACAAUCAUUCCCCGUUGCUCAACCCCCGGCGGCAUCGAUGCAGCAUAGAGCCCAGCAACAGCAACCCCCGGCAUAUGAUACUGGAUUUACACCUCUUAAUCCAUCUGCUAUAGGGAAUUUUCCGACCAUGGCAGGGCCAGAGUAUGGCAGAUCUACGCCCACCCUGGGUGGUCCUGCAUAUGACCAAUUCGGCGGCGGAUCAGAUGCGCACAGACAAUACCAGUCGCAGCCUGGACAAGGAAACAAGAAGAGAAGAGAGAGUAGCAUGUUUGGAAUGGGGAACGUUCUUGGCCAGCGAAAGCCAAAUAAUAGCAGGUCAGACGGACGACUUGUUGAAGAUCAGUCAUUCUUCGACUGA